CCCGUGUUUCAACAACUAUAUGUCACUAUUGUAGCAAACCUGGCCAUAUUCAAAAGUUUUGCUACAAGAUGAAAAGAGACCAGCAAAAGAAGAAAAAUGAUCAUCACAAAGAGGGUGAUGACAAGAAUACAACGGCGACAGCUUCUACUUCAGAUGAUGGUGUUUCAUUGGUUUGUACUGCAGGUGAUUGUUGUCAUGUUGAUAAUUCUGAUUCUGAAUGGCUUGUUGAUACAGGGGCUUCUUAUCAUUGUGUUCCUCAUAAGGAGUAUUUUAUUGACUACCGAGCUGGAGAUUUCGGUAGUGUGAAGAUGGGAAACCAGAGUUCAGCAAGUAUUGUUGGAAUUGGAGAUAUUCGGGUUCAAACCAGUGUUGGGUGCUAUAUGACUUUGAGAGAUGUUCGCCACAUUCCAGAUUUACGCCUCAAUUUAUUGUGUGCUAAUGUACUUGAUCAAGAAGGUUACAAGCAUACUUUUGGUGAGGGUAAAUGGAAAUUGUCUAAGGGUUCUUUGACUGUUGCUCGUGGCAAGCUUUGUUGCACCUUGUAUAAGACACACUUGAAAGUGUGUACUAGUGAGUUGAAUGCUGUUGAGGAGAAAACUUCUCCUAACUUAUGGCAUCGUAGAUUGGGCCAUGUUAGUGAGAAGGGUAUAAAGUUGUUGGCUGCUGUUGAAAUAGAAAGUGGAGAAUCUUCUAAUCAAGGGGAGCAAAACAGCCCACAGGUGGAAGAGCCAACAUUGAGAAGGUCAACCCGAGUUCGACAACCUUCAAGACUUUAUCCAAGUUCAGAAUAUAUCCUAAUCACUGAUGAGGGGGAGCCUGAAAGCCUUAAAGAGGUCUUGUCACAUCCAGACAAAGACCAUUGGCUGAAGGCUAUGCAAGAGGAGAUGGAUUCUUUAAAGAAGAAUCAAACAUAUGACUUGGUGGAGCGUCCAAAAGGGAAGAAAGUCUUGAAGAGCAGGUAUGUCUUCUUGACGUGGUUUGUGUAUGAUCUUCCCCGAAUCGGGCUGGAGGGGGAGAUUGUUGUGGGUCCAGCCCAUUUUGUUUGGGUUCCAUUUUUCUUUGGUGGAGGGCCCAAUUAUGUUUUUCCUUGGUUGACUAACAAAAGGAAGGAAGUAAAAGGGCUGGGCAGUGCUGGACUUACGGACAGAGCAGAGAGAAAAAAAAACAGAAUAGAGAGAGCGAGAAGGGCUGGUGCAGAAUUUUCAGACCAGCCGCACAAAUCUGAUCAUCGCCGGAGAUCCGACCGUUGGAUUGAGCUGAAAUUUUCAGAGGUUGUUCCCAACACUUAGGGCUUCAGUCUGUUCAAUUUUCACAUCAAUCGGAGCUACGGAUCUUCUGUAAUCGCAGCUGGUGCGACACUGCGUUUUUUGGGUGAUAAUCCUGAUUUUCCUUCUCUAUUGUUGAUGCCUCUUAUGUAUGUUGUUGUUGGUGGGCUGUGACAUCCUUGUAGACUGAGUUCUGGGUGUUUUUACCCUCAAUUUGCAUAAUAAGAGAAGAAGAGGGCGGACUCCCUAUAAGUCCCGUGGUUUUUAUCCUUCACAUCGAAGGGGUUUUCCACGUAUAAAAAUCGUGUGUCGUUUGCAUCUUUAUUCUUCAUAUUUGGUUGUGGUUUAUUUGAUGUGCUGCUGAUUUUGUGUGCUUGGUUAAUCAAUUGUGGUGAAUUGG